GAAGAGGAAGCGAAGAAGGAGCUGGAGGAGAACAAGCGCUCGCUGGCCGCGCUGGACGCACUUGAUACAGAUGAUGAGAAUGAUGAGGAGGAGUACGAGGCCUGGAAAGUGCGUGAGCUGAAGCGCAUCAAACGGGACCGUGAAGAACGAGAAGCCAUGGAGAAGGAGAAGGCGGAGAUCGAGCGCAUGCGGAACCUGACGGAGGAGGAGCGCCGCGCUGAGCUUCGGGCCAACGGCAAAGUCAUCACCAACAAGGCGGUGAAGGGCAAAUACAAGUUCCUGCAGAAGUACUACCACCGCGGCGCCUUCUUCAUGGACGAGGACGAGGAGGUGUACAAGAGGGACUUCAGCGCCCCGACCCUCGAGGACCACUUCAACAAGACCAUCCUGCCCAAAGUCAUGCAGGUCAAGAACUUUGGGCGCUCGGGGCGGACAAAGUACACGCACUUGGUGGACCAGGACACCACCUCCUUCGACUCUGCCUGGGGCCAGGAGAGCGCACAGAACACCAAGUUCUUCAAGCAGAAAGCAGCAGGGGUGCGGGACGUCUUAGAGAGACCCUCGGCCAAGAAGCGAAAAACCACUUAAG